GGAGCUGCAUAUAGUCAGCUAGAAGAGAUGCUGUGCUUGCUCAGAGUAGUAAAUAUUCAGUCAUGUUGAGAUCUGUUGGUGCUGCCGUGUUCCGUGUUGAGUUGUAAACAGCAAGCCUUAGAGACUCCUCAUACUAGAUCGGUGGUUCCUGUAACGUAAUGCAUUUCAAUCUGGAUUUAACAUCCUGUAAAUUGUAUACAGUAGAACGUGUGUAAGUUUUGUGCAUUUAAAAAAGGUGUAAUAUCGUGUAUAAAUAGAAAAAAAAACUCUUGUACGCGCAUCGUGUUCCAUUCCAUUCAGAAGCGUGAAUGUAAACUAUUUUAAAUAAUUUUACAAAUCAUUUCAUACCCAUGGAUUUGUAGACGAAAUGUGUGUAUUGUAGAUGAAAAGUGAAAGUUCUCAACAAUGUGUGCUACAGAAAGAUCUUCCUCUAUGUUUAUGAUAUUACAUCUGUACCAACUAAACCGCUUGUUUCUUGACAAGAACAUCGCGACUGAUCUUUGCAUCUUUCGUACACCCGUGGCAGAAAGGUGUUGUUAGGUUCGGGAGUAGCGAUGCCAGAAAAUAAAUCUGCAUUCCAAUAAAAAAUAAAAUCAAUAGUUUUGUGCAAUACAUUAGCUUAUGCUUUGUGUGUUUUGUGCACACAGAGAGACGUGCCCAGAAAGUGAAACCGUGAAAAUUCAAAACAGAUUUGUUUGUUUAUUUAACGCAUCCAAACUGGUGUAAGUGUAUUCGUAGUAAGGUACGCAAAUGGCUUUAGUGUGAUCAAGAAACUAGUGUCAAACAGUGUCUGUGGAAAGCAAAAUGUGUAAAACGAGAAAAUCAUCAUCCAAAAAACCAACCAUGAUGGCCGCUGGCAUCGAAAGUAGCUGCAGUUGGAUUAUUUUACUGUGGAUUGCUACGUCCAUCCUCGGUACGACCAGUAGCACGAGUGUGUUGGGAGUUGCGCUAGGACAAGGAAUUCCGACUUGGAUAUCCCUGGGAAUCAAUUCUCCUUUUAUUGUGUUCCGAGCGGAACAGGAGGUGCUAUCCAAUAAUAGCGUGUUGCUGAAUCUUACAGACAUACGGAACAAGCUUAAAUCGGUACAUAACCUCGAUCAUUUCAUCCGACCGAUCGACGGUAAUGCUGAAAAUAAAAACACAAGAACAGAUCCGUUCGCAACUCCCAAAGGGGCGGUUGGCGGUAGGCUAGGCACUACUGCCGGCAGCACUAACACACCACCUGCUGCUGCGCCACCAGUCUUUAGCGCCGAGAGUGCGUUCGGCGGUGGUAAUGCUUCGAUAACCUUCCUCACCACCGUAGCCCCCUCGUUUGUGAACCACUUUGAGAAAAGCAACGGCAACGACGGAGAGCCCGGUGUACGACCGAUAUUGUCCAUGAGGAGCAAAACUCCCCAUACACCGAGUGUACUAGGUUCCGGAGAUCAUAUGAUAUCCGACGAUGAUGGAAGUGACGGCAAUGGUAAAAAGGAGCGCAAGUAUAUCAUUCCACUGGCGCUGAAAACGUCCACGAACGAAAAGGAAAAAACUUCAUCCGUAUUCCACGGUUCGUCUACCAAUAUCGACGAUCUGAAACGGCAUAUUUUGAUGUUGCAAAAUUUGACUCAAUCCGAUAAAAACUUUCAAAGCAAAUUUGUAGUAUUUCCCUCGCUGCAGAAAAACGGAACUGAAAGAAUCGGACAGAAUGCGGCAACCACUACGCCGGCAACAGUUUCACCGCAUCAUUUAUCGUUGGCAACUGGAUCCUCCUCAAAGGAUGUGAAGGAGUAUCGAAACUUUGCCCCGUCGAAUCGUGGCCAAAGCACGAAAGGGGAAACAAAUACCACAAACAAUCGGUCCGGGGUCCGGUCUCAGAUCUCCUCCUCGAUCAAUGUGCCAAAGAAAGCAUUCCCGGACUCGCACGACAUAAUGUCUGACAAGAAAGAGGAGGGACUGCAAGCGUUCAAAGCGGAAAAAAUCACUAUCGUGCCGCAAGUAUUUUUGCAGAACGAUCAAACAAGUGAAACUGUCAGCGAUAAGGAGCACAACUUGAACGAAUCUGCCAAUCGUGUGGCUGCCGAUAGCGCUAAGAUGACGGCUAUAUCCCAGGUCGACAAUGGUUCACCGUUUUCCAGAAUGCGCGAAACGAGGGAAAAAAAUGUUAUAAGAAAGUUUGGACAUAAAUCAAUGGCAUCUGCUAGCAGCAAAAGUGAGCAACGAAGCGGACCCGGCCCGGAGGUUGGCAUUCUAACCAAUGCUAGAAACAAUCAAACGGUUCGUACAACUGCGCAUAUGAGAACUAGUGGCGCUACGAAUAAAAGGAAAGGAUUCCCAAUCCGUGCGGGAUCGGUCGAGAUCGAAGAGCAGCAGCGGUGGAACAUGAAUGGACCGAAGUUAAACGAAACGUCACCGUCAUCACCAAAACCGACCGCGGCGAAAGGGGAAGGGAAAAAGAAACAACGUAAAAAUGGUAAGCGUCGGGGAGGAAAGCAAAAACCCAUCAAACUCAAUGGGCCAAAAGAACAGCCAAAAACGGUAAUAUUGAACGACGACGCUUCGGUACUACAAAUGGAUGAUAUUGAGCGUACCAGCAGUAGUGACGCGCACCGACAAGAGGUGAAGGUUGGCGUACGGCUUACCAAGCCAGGACGUUCCACCGGAAGCCGGAAGAGGUCUUCAUCAUCCUCUCGUGUGCGGCGCAAUGAGAAUGGUGGCAUACAGCUGGCAGUCAGCAAACAACAACAACAACAACAACAACAGCAAUUGUACGCUUCCACCGGACGGCUGCAUGGACAGAUUGGCAGAGAUGGACGGUACGAAAGUCGAAUGGCGGCGGUCGGUUCUUUGGAGUCGUUAACCGGCACAAUGGACCAACUCACGAAUGAAGGAUCCGGUGAGAACAACAAUAGAAGUCACAAUUACCGUAAUCGGACUUUAUCAGCGGAUGGCAAUGAGAAAGAUAUUGUGGAUUUGAAUCCGGAUCUAUGCUACACGCUCAGCGCACUAAGUGGCGGGCAACAGAAACUGUGUGCUCAGCACACGAGCAUUAUGCCAGCAAUCAGUCGUGGAGCUCGGGCAGCCAUACAGGAAUGCAAACAUCAGUUCCGGAACCGACGGUGGAAUUGCAGCAUCGUAAAUGAUGAUACCGUUUUCGGACCCAUAUCAAAUAUAGGAUCUCCAGAGAUGGCGUUCGUGUAUGCAAUGGCCGCGGCUGCAGCGUCUAGCUUUAUUGCACGGGCUUGCCGUGAUGGCCAACUGGCUUCCUGUGGUUGUUCACGAAGCAGUCGACCCUCCAAGCUUAACGAAGACUGGACCUGGGGUGGAUGCGGCGAUGAUAUGGAGUAUGGCUACAAAUUUACGCAAACUUUCAUCGACAUUCGUGAGAAGGAGAAAAAACGGGGCACACGUGGCUUAGUAUCAAUUCCGGCCAAGUAUCCGAAAAUAAUCGAACGUCUAUUGGACGCACUAAACGAUACCACCAAAGCGGGCGUAAUGCUGAACGAAACGGAUACGAUUCUUCGACCGGAGGACCUAGAGAAGCUACAGGAUAAAAUAGCAAAAGAGAUCGCCAACUCGAAUCUUAAUCCGAAGGAAAUCAGUGACCUACAGGAACGGAUUAACAAGGAAAUCACCAACUCCGAGGUAUUCAACCUGAAAAACGUCAACAUUUAUGAUAAAUUGAAAAAGAUAUUCCGAAAACCCGAGAAAACGCUCAACGGUGUACAGUUUAGUGCGUCGGCCAAGGCACGAGCCCUGAUGAAUUUGCAUAAUAAUGAAGCUGGUCGUCGGGCCGUCAUUAAAAAAUCACGCAUUAUCUGCAAAUGCCAUGGAGUAUCGGGUUCGUGUAGUUUGAUCACCUGUUGGCAACAGCUGACGUCGAUAAGAGAAAUAGGUGACUUUUUGAGGGAAAAGUACGACGAAUCAACGCAGGUUAAAGUAAACAAACGUGGUCGGUUGCAGGUAAAGGAUCCACGGUACAAAAUACCAUCUGCUUUAGAUCUCAUCUAUCUUGACGAGAGUCCAGACUGGUGUCGAGUCAAUCGACAACUAAUGUGGCAAGGAACACAUGGUCGUGUAUGUAAUAAGACUUCCUCUGGGCUAGAUGGAUGCUCCAUACUAUGCUGCGGAAGAGGUUACAACACGAAGAAGAUUAUCGUGAAGGAACGCUGUAAUUGUAAAUUUCAGUGGUGUUGCCAGGUCAAGUGUGAAGUCUGCACAAGAAGCAUCGAGGAAUAUACGUGUAAAUAAUAGAAUAAAAAAACGAAUGCGAAAUGUGCAGAAGCUCUACUGUGAAAUGAAUCAAAGGUUACGGAUCAUUCGCGCAAAACAAAAGUAUACUCGUUAUUCAGGUAUAUGAAUCCUCUCCAUAUAGGUUUUAUCGUUAGAUUAGUACAAUCGAGCCAUAAACAGUUUGAUAACAGGUCAUCGGAAACACAAUCGGGACAAAUUGUCUCAGACUGACUACACAAUGCUGACUAUAUUAUUUGCAUUCAAACAUUCCGCUGACGCUCGUUAUACGUUUCUUACCACCAUGCUACAAUAGAAAAUAACAGUGAGUAACCCAGUUCCGAUUCAUUCUCCAUUAGAUACUGCCGGUGCAUGAUAGUCAGUUGUAAAUAUCAGUUAUUUCAGUGCGUGUUAAGAGUAUUUCUAAAAACAAAAUCACACAGUAUUAUUAGAUACAGUUUUACUUAAUGCAUUAAUUUAAUAAGCUACGAUAAGUUUCUGGAAGGAAUUGGAAUUGAUAUUAUGAAGGGCGCAACAUUUGGCAAUAAGCAACUCAUGAACUUGCAGAACGAUGAUCCAUCGAAAUUUGAGAUAAUUUUCUUCUAUUUCGUGUGUCGUAAACAUGUAACAAAUUCUACUGUAGAUAUUGAAGUUUUAGUAGCAGAGAUUGAAGCUCGAGCACGGUCAAACUAGCUUUUUAACAUUUAAUCUAUUUAAGCAACAACUGUCCUGUAGUUAUACUUCGCAGAUUUUGUAAAAUUUGAUGCCCGGUAUGGGACAGAUUCUCCGUAAGCGAGAAAGUGAGUUAUUUCUUCAGUAUUUGCUUGCUUUAAGAUUCACAGGCAUGUCCUGAAUUCUCUUAUUAGCUACGAAACGAAUUAAUAACCUGCCUAUUUAAGUGAUAUAAGCAAAGGAGCACUUUAAAUGAAUUAUUAUUGUACUUUUCAUUCCAAACAUGUUACAGACGUAAGCAUGAGCGCAAAGAAGCAAUAAAAAUCUUAAAUCGAUCGUCGGAAACCAACGUUGGUUUCUGAACGGUGACAGUA